CGUCGUUGUCGAGAGAGCUGCGUCAACCUGACUAGGCCCAAUAGCACAGAAGCGCAGCCCAGUGUUCACGAACCCAACCUCCGCGCUGACCCAAAGCCUAUCCUUUUGCCCUGUUCACUGUCCUCCUACACACUGCGCCCGUUGUCUGCUGCAGCGUCUGUCUUGCUCGCCCCUGCUGCAGUCAUCGCGUGAAGCUGCGUUCGCACCCAGCAUCCCUCGUGGCUCACACGCCCAAGCCCCCGCUGCGAGCACUGUACGUGCACCGUACGCCAGCCAGGCCCGUGUCGCAUCCCGCAUUCGUGCUCGCCUACCGGUGCUGUCAUCGUCUGCAGGCCGCGCUGCAGCGCAGUGCCCCUCAUAGGAGCUGCCCGGUACUGCGACGCCGCACUGCAAUUCGGCAUGCAACGCGCGCAUUGACUGCGUCACAGCUGAAGCGGCUGCCUUUUGCGACCCUGCUCGCACCACCUAUACCCUCUCGACACGCACCCGCCCUGCGACAUGGAUCAGCAGUGGACUGCCUACUCCGAAGCGCCGGAUGCCAGCCGCCAGGCGCGGUAUGCUCCACACGGGACGACCCCCUCGCAACUUACGCAACGAGACGCCAGCGCGUCUGCGCAACUUAAGCAGAACCCGUACGCAUCGCCUUCUGCGCCCUCGCGCUCCAGCACUAUUGCGCUGCAGUCCCCCAGUCAGCCUUCCAGCCGCGGCCCCGACUUCAACGACAACGACGGCGACGUGAAGAUGGAAGACGCCGAUCCCUACAAGCCCAAGUACAACACACAACGGCCCAACCAGCACCGUCAGUCGCAGCAGUUCCUGCAGCAGGAGGAAAGCGCCGCAGCCCGCAGAUACUCGCCUAUGAAUAUGUCGCCUACCUCGCCCUAUGCCGGCGGCACGCAGCACGGUGGUCAGACCUAUACGAGCUUCACCCCGCAGGUCCAGAGCAACAGCAAUCGCGCAAGUCCCACGCGCAACAACCCGUACAUGUCGCCGCCAAACAGCUACUACUCCCCUCCAUCAUCGCGCCCAAACGCACCCCAGCUGCCGCCCAUCCAGUCCAACAUGAGCCCCGAGAGCUUUUAUCCCCAGUCUGCCACUGCGCAACUGAACGCCGUCUAUAACAGAGACCAGCGUUCGCCACGGACGUCAACGAACGCCAAUCCCCCGCAAUUGCCCUUAAUGGGACGCGGGCCUGUGCCACAGUUCGAGAAGUGCACCAACACUGCCGACCUGGUGCCCAAGAUCAAUGCGCAACCUCCGUUUCGGCGUGCAAACCCAGAGGGCGGUUUCAUCAGCCCCCUACAGGCACUUACAUGCCAUCUACCUAUGACCUAUAAGCUGUGCAACGCCGGCUUCAACUACCAGGCUACACGCAACCCGCGUCGAGUCCUUACCAAGCCCAGCAAAGGCGUCAAGAACGACGGCUACGACAACGAGGACAGCGAUUACAUCCUCUACGUCAACGACAUAUUGGGGUCGGAGGAAUCAGGGCACAAGAACCGUUACCUCAUCCUUGAUGUGCUCGGCCAGGGAACGUUUGGACAGGUCGUCAAGUGCCAGAAUCUCAAGACACAGGAGGUGGUUGCAGUCAAGGUCAUCAAGAACAGAACGGCAUACUUCAAUCAGAGUAUGAUGGAAGUUUCGGUGCUUGACUUGUUGAACAAGCAGAUGGAUAAGAACGACGACCACCACCUGCUAAGGCUGAAAGACACGUUCAUCCACCGACAACAUCUGUGUCUUGUGUUCGAACUGCUGAGCGUCAACUUGUAUGAGUUGAUCAAGCAGAACCAAUUCCGUGGCCUGUCGACAACGUUGGUGCGUGUCUUUGCUCAACAGCUGAUCAACGGUCUUGCGUUGCUGGGUAAGGCGAAGUUGAUCCAUUGUGAUCUGAAACCGGAGAACAUUCUGCUGAAGAACCUCGAAAGUCCUAUCAUCAAGAUCAUCGAUUUUGGUUCCGCGUGCGAUGAGCGACAGACAGUCUACACGUACAUCCAAUCGCGAUUCUAUCGAUCACCUGAGGUGCUGCUCGGCCUGCCAUACUCAGCAGCAAUCGACAUGUGGUCGCUAGGCUGCAUUGUUGUGGAGUUAUUCCUUGGGCUGCCGUUGUUUCCAGGAUCUUCUGAGUACAAUCAGGUUUCCAGGAUUACAGAAAUGUUAGGCCUCGCGCCACAGUGGAUGCUAGAAAUGGGCAAGCAGUCUGGCGAAUUCUUCGAGAAGACUCAGGAUGAGUAUGGACGUAAGAACUACCGGCUCAAGUCCAUGGAGCAAUACUCAAGGGAACACGGUACAAAAGAGCAACCCAGCAAGAAGUACUUCUCGGCCACAACGCUUCCAGACAUCAUCAGGAACUACCCCAUGCCAAGGAAGAACAUGAAGCCGAAUGAGAUCGAGCGCGAAAUGGCGAACCGAGCCGCUUUUAUCGACUUUGCACAAGGAUUGUUGAAUCUCAACCCCCUCGAAAGAUGGACGCCAGCUCAAGCGAAGCUGCACCCGUUCAUUACGCAAGCCAAAUUCACCGGCCCGUUCGUUCCCCCAAUGACUUUGAAGUCGAGCUCGAGCCGCUCUCCAGCACCUGGCGUCCAAGAACAGCAACGCUUCGAGGGCAUGGCCAAACAGCGGGCCCAGCAACAACAACAAGCUCUUGCUGCACAACAGGCCCAGGCUGCGCAAAAUGCAGCAUUUGCCAACAUGCAAAUGAAUCAGUAUGCUGCGCAAAAUCCACAUGCGCAACCGAAUCCGUACAACAACAUGUACGCGCCAAAUCAUCAGGGUGCGCCCCCACCUUACCCGGCGCAGGCAGCGCCGUACGCGCAACAGAUUCCUGCAAUGCAGCCACAGCAGCCGCAGCAGCCUCGGCAGUAUGCUCAGCCACAGAAUCUGUACACGCAAGCGACAACGCGUGCUGGACGACAACGGGCAUCUACUAUGGACCAACAGCAGGCGACCCCAUCUGGGAUACCUCCAGCUUUGCAAAGAGUGAUGAGUCAUCUGGAUCCGAAUGCGCCAGUCAGGCUGCAGCCCGCAAGCAGCGCCAGACGGCGAGGCUCUCGUACAGGCAAUGCACAGCGGAAUCAUAACUUUGUUCGCAACCUUGAAGAUCGAACUCUGGAAGAAGGCUUUAUGCAACAGCCACACUGGCAAUGA